CAACUAUGCAGUGCAGUGACGCUUUUUCCUACAUUGUAUACGGUAUUCAGCUCCCUAUAAAUUUCCAUUCGUCAGCUGUCGUUACGACUUUACAACAGACAGUCGAACCUCUAACAGCACCCAACCAUCAAGAAGCCAUUGCUGGAUCAGUCAAACUAGCAGACCUAUCAACAAUGCCGCAGGAUCUCACCAACCAAGAUGCCCCUGAAGGCCUGCCGGUUCUCGAAUACCCUAGAUUUCCAAGAGAAAUUCUACGUGUGGAGGAAACUCUCCUACGUAAGUACGAGGAUGCCAUGUACUACUAUGAGGAAGCUGUCCUUCGGAUGAAACGCUUGGGUCUAAACAUGAGUCUUUGCAGGAAAUUCUAUGCGAAGUCCGAAAUCACAUCAGGCCCUUUUGACGUGCGACCUUCCUACAAAUCUCUCCUUGGAUAUAAUCGUGAAAGAAUUGUCCGACGUGCUGAUAAAGAAGCAUAAGACCGUCGUUGCCUUCAAUGCCGUUAUUGAAUACCACAAAGAGCAUCGCUCGCAGAAUCGAGUAGAAAGCCUUGCUUUCUUACUCUGGCGACUACGUGCGCUUGCUCGUCAGCUGGAGACCGACUGCACAUUUGGUGUCGAGGAGCCUACUCCCCGAGCGGUUAAAAACUUUGAAGAUGCCACCCACAAGACGGUGAACUACAUCUACAACGAGUUCAAUCAGGUCUGCAAUGCAACUUUCAACGCAAACUCUAACCAUUUCACCGAAUGGGAGGAGACCGUUAUGGAAAAUACUGAUCCCGAUAUUGAGAACCUCGAUGGGAUCGCCACCGAGGUGCUUUUGACCCAAGCAAACGAUGCAUGCCCAAUUUGCUUGGAGGACUGGGGUUCAGAGCACGUUCCAUUUAAACUCAAGUGCGGCCACAUUGCAGGUUACUUUUGCCUCAUCACCUGGUUGAAUUCGGCUGCCCGAACUUCAAAUCGAUGUGUAAGCUGUAGAUUCCAAAUAAGUAAGGAGAGGCCACGUCGGCCGAAGCCGGAUGAAGUUCAAGAUAGGCUACCAUUACUAUUCACUCUUCUAGAGGAAUUGUAUUACAUCUUCGGGCGUUACAAACCAAAGCGAUGUAGGUGGCCGCGAUGGCUGAAAUUCGUCGAAGACAAUGUACGCUUCCUGAGAGAAGACCCUCAAACAGGUGCUUGGGCAGCCGGCUAUGGCACCCGCACGUUCAGGCGCCGCUGAAUACCUUAGCCAGGUAACGAAAAUUGGCUAAUAUUGCAAGGUGUCUAGGUGGCCCGCAAGAAAAUUCCAGCCAUCA